GUUGGACAAGAUCCCAAUGUGAACAACAAACGUGUCUGCAAAGGAAAUGCCUGCAGCUCUGGAAUGAAGCUUCUAUAGCAUUAUUUCUUCUGUGAAAAAUCUUCUUACAGUGGAUUUACAGAAACAGAAGGACAAGAAGUCAAGACGAGAAUCUCCCAAAAAAAAGAAAGUGAGCAUCCCAACCAACGUCCACUUGACAACGUUUUCUAUGAUGGAUGCUGCUCUGAAAUAUUAUAAUAACCCUAAUUACACUUGGUUUCCAAAUGACAACAUCAAUUAUGAUUAUGUUUCAGAAGAUAUUUCAUUUCAUCAUACCUCUGACUAUGGAAGUGGAAGGAUGCCUUAUAAUAAUUUUUUAAACAUCACUUUUAUCUCCAUAUUGGUCAUCUGUAUUUUUGGAGUGGUGGGGAACGGAAUUGUCAUCUGGCUUCUUGGCUUCCACAUUAAGAGGAAUCCUUUCACCACCUACAUCCUGAACUUGGCCAUCGCUGAUUUCGGGCGCCUCCUCUCACUUAUAUUUGCUAUUGUUAGUAACUGGCUUACAAUUCUUUAUGACUUGAGCAGUAUUCUCUCCGUAUCGUCCAUCUUCCUGUUCCUAUCAACACACACCGCGAGUAAUUUUCUACUGACUGCCAUCAGCAUUGACAGCUGUAUGGCUGCCUUCUUCCCACUUUGGCAUCGAUGCCACCGGCCACCACAUUUGUCCACCAUUGUAUGUGUGCUAGUAUGGGUCCUCUCCUUCCUGCUUUCUAGAAUUAGCUUCAUUAUCUUGCAAAUGUAUAACAAUGAAGCUGUGAUUCGCGUACUUUACCAGUUUAUUGUGAAUGCCAUGGUUUGCUUCCCCCUCGUGGCUGCUGCCACUCUUGCCCUGUUCAUUAAUGUCUGCUGCAAAGCACAACAGCAUCAGAGGAGAAAGCUUUUCACCAUCAUCUUGCUCACUCUUCUCUGCUUCCUCUUUUUGGGUUCUCCAUUAAAUAUCAUAGUCACCUUGCAUUUUUAUAUUUAUAUAUUGUCAUAUGUUGUACUGCUUGCGUUUGUAUUAUCCUGUUUAAAUAGCAGUGUUAACCCCAUGAUUUAUUUCCUGGUUGGGAGAGAAAGGAAGGCUAGACACAGGGAGAGCUUGGAGGUAAUUCUCCAAAGGGUUUUCAAGGAGGAGGAAGGCUGUGCUGAGGAACUGCAACCCCCAGUUCAAAUCCAGUUAUGAGGCCUUUACAUAAGCCAAAAAAUUCUUCCUCUGUCGUAAGCAGAUUUUUGCGGUGUUAUACGCACACAUGCUCCAAUACCAGUAAGGACACAAAACAGCUAACACGAUUGUUCUCCCUUCUUCCAUUUUAUCCUCACAACAACCUUGUGUGGUAGGUUCGGCUAAGAGAAUGGUUGUCCCAAGGUUACCCAACAAGCUUCCAUGGCAGAA